AGACGUACAGGAUAAUUUGCAGCGAUCUUCGGUGAAAGCAAGCGUUCAACGGCGUGCUGAUCUGAACGUGAAUUAUGCCAUCUGCGUCUCCGCAAAGAACUCCUCAGCCGCGUCGCGGUCGCUCUUCCGUGAAUGGCACGCCUUCUUCUACCCGCUCAACACGAUCCGCGGUGCGCACUCCAAGCUCGAAUGUGUCUGGUGGAAGCCGUGGCGCAACUCCGCGUGGUGGUGAUGGGGAGCUUAGUACGCCGAGGCGUUCCCAACCAGCAUCUGGUAACCAAAGCUCAGGGGAACUGGCGCCGCCGUCUGAUUCAGAUGACAGAACUUACACAGGUCCUGCAUUGGGAGAUGGAAUGAUAUUCAAUCUGAGCUCUCCGUUGCACUAUGGAUCGGAUACAAACUCGCCACGCUCAGCCACCCCUCAUCGUCAACGCACGGAUCUUCGCAUGGAGCGCUCUGUCGUGCGCCAGAUUAAUAUUAGCACUCCUGCCUCCUCUCAAGAUCACCCGGAAUCUGUCCCGAGUGGUACUCCAUCAAGACGCGGGAGAAGUAGAGCGCUAUCUGCGACUCCAGGUGCAAGGCCGGAUUCUGUAGCCGAGGAUGAAGGACCUCAUCUCGUUAUUUGGGGGACAAAUGUUGCCGUGGGUCGCACGAAGCGGCGUUUCAUGGAAUUUUUGCUCAAUUUUCGGGAAUCCGAAUUAGAAGAAGAUGAGCAAAAUAGGGGCAUGGACGUGGACGCUCCUGUUUAUAUGCAAAGAAUUGAGGACAUUGCGGUGACUGAAGAUCCGUUUUUGAUGGUCAACUGUGCGCAUCUGCGCAGCUUUGAUCAGGAAUUGUAUGAAGAAGUUGUGGCCUAUCCGUCCGAAGUUAUUCCUGUUCUCGAUAUUGCUGUCAACGAUAUUUAUCGUGAGCGCCAUUCUGGCACUGUGCUUAAGCACCAGAUCUGCGUGAAACCGUAUAACGCUGAUAAAACACAGAAUAUGCGGGAGCUCGGGCCAGAAAAUAUUGAUCAGCUUAUAACCGUUUGUGGAAUGGUAAUCCGAUGCUCGAACCCACUUCCGGAAAUGAGAGAAGCUCUGUUCAUGUGCUCCGUGUGUCUCAAGACCGAAGUGGCGGAAAUGGACCGGAACAGACUGGAGGAACCGACGCUUUGUUCUCAUUGCAACACAAAGCACAGCUUCGAAUUGGUUCACAAUCGCUGCCAGUUCACCGACAGACAGAUAAUCAAACUACAGGAGGCCCCAGAGGAUAUGCCGGCAGGGCAAACGCCUCAUACUGUUCAAUUGCACGUAAGCAACGAGCUCGUUGAUGAAGUACAACCUGGUGACCGUGUCACUGUGACAGGCAUUUACCGUGCCGUGCCCUUCCGUGUCAACCCUAUUAGAACCUCUGUGAAAGCGGUCUUUCGAACGCACAUCGACGUCUUGCACUUUCGAAAGGCUGAUUCUCGUCGUCUGCGCGAUGAUCAAAUCGGUGGUAUUUACUUUACGGAAGACCGGAUUGAGUUUCUACAGGCCUUGUCGAAGAAACCCGACAUCUAUGAGCGACUGGCCAGGGCUAUUGCUCCUUCAAUCUACGAACAUGAGGAUAUCAAAAAAGGAAUUUUGAUGCAACUCUUCGGUGGAACCAAGAAAGACUUCUCAGAGGAUUGUGGUCGUGGACAUUUUCGAUCUGAAAUCAACAUCUUGCUGUGCGGAGACCCAGGUACGAGUAAGUCUCAGCUUCUGCAGUGUGUUUUCAACUUGAUUCCUCGGUCGCAGUACACUUCUGGAAAAGGAUCCAGCGCUGUGGGUCUCACUGCUUAUGUUCUGAGAGACCCCGACACGAAGCAGCUCGUUCUGCAAACAGGAGCCUUAGUUUUGGCUGACAACGGCAUCUGUUGCAUUGACGAAUUUGACAAAAUGUCAGACGCCACUCGGUCUGUGCUCCACGAAGUGAUGGAGCAGCAAACCUUGAGUAUUGCAAAAGCUGGGAUGAUUUGUCAACUCAACGCUCGAACGUCGGUUCUUGCUGCGGCUAAUCCGAUUGACUCUCAGUGGAACAAGUCAAAGACCAUCGUGGAAAACAUUCAACUGCCGCACACCCUGUUGUCUCGUUUCGACUUGAUCUUCUUGAUGUUGGAUCCACAGGAUGAAGUGUACGAUCGGCGUUUGGCUAAACAUUUGGUUUCUUUGUACCACAAGCGAAUCAAGUCGAAGACCACAGUUGAUGGCAUGGAGGUUGAGGACGUCGAUGACGAUGAUGACGACGUCGUCGACAGGGAUUUGAUCGACAUGACGGUUCUCCGGGACUACAUCGCGUAUGGCAGAGAGCACGUGAAUCCGAUUUUGAGCGAAGAAGCCUCUGCCAAGUUGGUUGAUGCGUAUGUCGAGAUGCGUAGAGCAGGAGCGGGUCGUGGACAAAUCACUGCUUAUCCGCGUCAGCUGGAGUCGCUGAUGCGUCUGGCGGAAGCACACGCCAAAAUGCGUCUCUCGAGCACUGUGGAACGUGCGGAUGUGGACGAGGCGUUCAGGUUGUACAGGGAGGCGUUGAAGCAGUCGGCGACGGAUCCGACGUCUGGAAAGAUUGACGUUUCAAUUUUGACGACGGGUAUGAGUUCCGCUGCGCGGAAGCGGCGAGCGGAAGUCGCCCAAGCGUUGAGAACGUUGAUCGCAAAGAAGGGAAAAAACGUCAAAACACUGAGUGUGCAGAAUUUGUUCACAGAAUUCAGGGAUUCGUCGGAACUUGCCAUCACAAGAGAUAUGUUCGACGAUGCUUUGCGAGAUUUGCAGGAUGAUACAUUUUUGGUGGUUUCCGGAAGAAGUGUGCGCAUCAACGGCGGGAUGGCUGAUUUUGAUUAGAUUUUUUCCGGGAAUUCGUCUGCUUUUCCUUCAUUUUCGCAACAUUUUUGUUAUCAAUUCUUUUUUAUGAGAAAGGAGAAGGAAGGAUAUUCCAAUUGCCUUCAGAAGUGCGGGUUUUCUCGUUCAAGCGUCGAAUUUCAGAGCUUCCAAAGAGGUUCUUCCGAUUUUCCAUGUUUUUAUUUCAUUUUCGAACAUACCGAGCUGAAUAAAUAUCUUCUAUAGCAUGAGAC